AUGGGUGGUGCGAAGAAAAAGAAGACAAAACCCGCGGCGAAUCCUGCCAGGGGUUUUGCCACGACUUCAGUAGCCUCAAAACCGGUCACUCGCGUGGAGAAACCCGAAGACGAUCCCAUUGCCACGACGAAGGCUAAAGCGGAGACAGCCGUCCCUUCGACGUCUACGACAUCAGUACCUGGAUCCGUCACUCAACCGCUGGCGGGCGCGCACGACACCGCUGCCUUGUCGCCCGAGGACUUUGAGAAACAACUCGAGGAAUCAGAGUUGCAGAUUCUAGUGGAAAAACAUGCGCAAAAAGUGCGGCGGGAUGCACAACGUCAGAAGAGCAGGCUAGAGACAGACCGUAGGCUUCUGCGCAGCCAGGCAGAGCCUCUCAAUGUCAGGAAAUGGCUAUCCCAGGAACUCAUGGACCACAUCCUGGAACUCAUACAAGGCGAGAGCCGCUUUUCAGCCUCAGCUCCAGCAUCGACGGAAACCUCCGCAACUAACAAGCUCCCAUCAGAGGAGGAUCUCACCAUGAGAUUAUGGACUUUGCAAGAAACACUUAUGGGCACCAUAUUCAGCGAAGAUCGAGUCAAAUCGGCGCUUCUCCAUGUGCUCGAUAUCGCGACUUCGAUCUCUGCAAACCCGAAGGACAGCAUUUGGGGGUUGGAGGAAGCCCUUGACUGGCUUGCUCGAGAGUGUAGUGGGGAUGAGCUGCACACUUAUGAAUACAAGGCAAGAAGUGCAAAACCGGGGUCUGAAACGCCACUUGAGAGCCCAUUGGUGUCUGGAGCCACUACUCCGAUGAUUGUUGAGCCAAAGGCUGGGGGCAACAAGGCCAAAUCGAAGAAAAGUGUAUCAUCAAGGAAUGUAUCACCGAAGAAGACCACGCUUGUAUGCCACGAGGACAUUGAGCCGGACGAUCUCAUUCCAGCAUACCUUGAAACAAAGGCCAAACUCUUCCAAAUUCAGCGCCCGCAGCAGGACAAGGUUAAGUCCGGUACGACUUUGACUACACCUUCUGGACCCGCUUCAGAGCUCGACAAUCUGGAAGAGCAGAAACUGCUUGCAAAGCUUGACCGCAUUGAACAAGAUGUUCUGUUUGACAAAGAUCUCGGCGAGCACAAGUGGAGAGCAGACAGGAUCACGCUCGAGAAAGAAUAUGCGGCGUCCAAGAAGAGAGUGUCGGAAGAGACCUCAAAGGAUCAAGAGCAGGAAGCUGCUGACAGUACAGAUUCUGACGAUGAAAUCGCAAGGGAAGCGAAGAAAAUGGCUGCCGAGAUUCUGGAGCAAGACAACUCGGAUGACGACCAAGCCCUGACCGACCUCUUCGCCAGCCUACCAACACAGGAGACUGACGCAAAGACCGGCAAGACCAGGAACGUGGUAAACGGAUCAGACGGCGUGAAGGUCUACAUUCAAGACUUUGGCAAGUGGGCGGGUCUAAAUCCUGGUCAAAUUCUGCAAGAAACAUGCAGAUCAAGAGACUCAAACUGCACGGUCAGCUAUAGUAUCGUCUCCGAGACUUCAUACGCAACGAAGUCCAUGGUAGUCAUCUCUUGGUCCAAGCCACAAGAAAUUCCCAUUUACCAAACCGUGGCUCAGGUAGACAGCUUCUGGCACCCUGGACAAUUCGUGUUCACCAUGAACUCUAUCGCAACCCCCAAUAAAAAGGCAUCAGAAGCCUAUAUUGCCACAGUUGCUCUCUUCUCGAUAUUCAAUAUGACCAAAGAAGACAAAGUUCAUCUCAAAUUGCCCCCGGUCUGGCGAGACGUCUGGACCGAGCUCGCCAUUGCGCGCAAAGAAGAGAUCGAUGCGUCGGACAGGUCUACUAUAAGAGAGCUUCGAGCCCAUGUCAGGAAACGCCAAGACCAAGAAGAGGAGGAUGGCGUGCUGUUGUCUGGCGCCUUCAGAGGCCGUGUCACUAAUCGGAGUGCGGGUGAGAACAACGAUGAAUCAAACAAUGACAGGUCGAAUCGCACAACCGCAAACCCCGCAUAUUAUCAACAAAUCUGGCAUGAAAAGUCAACGACACCCAAAUUUCAAAAUAUGCUGCGUUCUCGCAUGCAACUGCCUAUGUGGCAAUUUCGGAAGCAGGUUCUCGAUGCCGUUGACGAUCACCAGGUGAUUAUUGUCUGUGGUGAGACUGGAUGCGGCAAGAGCACCCAAGUUCCUUCAUUUUUGCUGGAGCAUCAACUGUCCCUCGGGAGAGAAUGCAAGAUUUAUUGCACAGAACCACGUCGUAUAUCAGCUAUAUCACUUGCUCGUCGUGUCAGUGAGGAGCUCGGAGAGAACAAGAAUGAUCUAGGAUCUUCACGUUCACUCAUUGGGUACUCUAUUCGUCUAGAGGCCAACACUUCCAAAGAGACACGCCUUGUCUACGCCACUACGGGUAUCGUUAUGAGAAUGCUGGAAGGCUCAAACGAACUUCGCGAGAUCACGCACCUUGUUCUUGAUGAGGUACAUGAGCGCUCGAUCGACUCAGACUUUCUUCUAAUCGUGCUCAAGAAAUUGAUGCUACGAAGGAAGGACCUCAAGGUGGUCCUGAUGUCGGCUACAGUCGAUGCCAAGAAGUUCUCCGAUUAUCUCGGCGGAGCUCCUGUACUCAACGUACCUGGACGUACAUUUCCUGUCCAAGUGAAGUAUCUUGAGGAUGCUGUCGAGCUGACGGGCUACACAAUCGACCAACAGCAUGGUCAAGAGAGGAUGACGGAUCUCGACGACGAACCUACCGAGGGUGAUAAAGAGCAGGACCAAACAUCAACCAGUGACGCUGCAAGGUCUCUCAAGCAUUACUCGGCAAGAACUCGCAACACGUUGUCACACAUGGAUGAGUACACGAUCGACUUUGAGCUCAUCGUUCAACUUAUUGCCCGCGUGGCUACAGACCCGGCGUACAGCGACUACAGCAAGGCGAUACUUGUGUUUCUCCCGGGUAUUGCAGAGAUCAGGAAUCUCAAUGAUUUCCUUUUGGGCAACCCCUUCUUCCAGAAAGGCUGGGAGGUCUAUCCCCUGCACUCAACUAUCGCGACGGAGGACCAAGAGCGUGCGUUUCUCGUGCCGCCCGCUGGUGUCAGGAAAAUUGUCUUGGCGACCAACAUCGCCGAGACAGGUAUCACAAUUCCCGAUGUUACCUGUGUUGUUGACACGGGGAAGCAUCGCGAGAUGCGUUUUGACGAGAAACGUCAACUCUCCCGGCUCCUCGACACGUUCAUUUCGCGGGCGAAUGCGAAGCAACGCCGAGGACGAGCUGGUCGUGUACAAGAGGGCCUCUGCUUCCACAUGUUCACAAAGUAUCGCCAUGAUCAGCUCAUGAGUGACCAACAAACACCAGAAAUGUUGCGCCUGUCGUUGCAAGAUCUAGCCAUUCGAGUCAAAAUCUGCAAAAUCGGCGGCAUUGAGGAGACUCUUGGUGAAGCACUCGACGCACCUUCAGCAAAGAAUAUCCGCCGUGCAAUUGAUGCGCUCGUGGACGUGCGUGCCCUGUCGGCUGCAGAGGAGCUCACACCUCUUGGUCAUCAGCUAGCCCGCCUGCCACUAGAUGUGUUCCUUGGCAAGUUGAUACUUCAAGGUGCAAUUUUCAAGUGUCUCGACAUGGCUAUCACGGUUGCUGCCAUAUUGUCUUCCAAAUCGCCUUUUGUGGCACCUUUUGGGCAGAGAUCGCAAGCUGAUCAAGUCAGAAAGUCAUUUAAGCGUGGCGACUCGGAUCUCUUGACCGUCUAUAAUGCCUAUCUUGCGUGGAAAAAGGUCUGUCAGACGACAACUCACGACUUCCAAUAUUGCAGGAAGAACUUUCUGUCGCCGCAAACCCUAGCCAACAUUGAAGAUCUCAAGGGGCAACUGCUUGUCGCGCUCGUGGACUCUGGCUUCCUCCGACUCACGGAUGACGAGAGGCGAACACUGAAUCGUCUGCGAUACUCCAGCCGGCGGCGCCAGUUUUUCGACCUACCACAGCGCGUUAACAUCAACAGCGAUAAUGACCUGAUCACCGCUUCGGUUAUUGGGUGGAGCUUUUACCCAAAGCUGCUCCUCAGCGAGAACAAGGGCUUCCGCAAUAUUAGCAACAAUCAGAGCAUCAGUCUGCACCCGUCUAGUGUCAACAAGGGAAACAGGGAACUCAAGUGGCUUUCUUAUUACCACAUCAUGCAAUCCAAGCAAUUCCUCAAUGCCCACGAGACAACUGCUGUAGAGAACUUCGCCAUUGCCUUGCUCUGUGGUGAUGUUCGUAUCGAUAUGUACGCUGGUGUGAUUGUGCUCGAUGGCAACCGCGCCCGCUUCAGUGUUCCAGACUGGAAAUCGAUGCUCGUCAUCAAGGCCCUGCGUGCACGUCUUCGCGAAUUACUCAACAGGUCGUUCAAGAUGCCGGGGAAGCUGCUCACAGCGCAGCAGGAAAAGUGGCUUGAUGUAUGGCAGACCAUCUUCAGCCAGGACUUUGGUAAGGCGUGA